AUGCGUAGCUCUCACCGCAAGUCCCGGCACGGAUGUAGAGAAUGCAAGCAGCGCCAUAAGAAAUGCGACGAGAGUUCUCCAAUUUGCCUGAAUUGUUCCAUCACCAACCGCUCCUGUUCAUACCGCCACACACGCCCGUCUCAUCGGGCCUUUCAAACAAAACCAGCAGCACCACCAUUGACGCCGUCGCCGUCGCCGUCGCCAUCGCCGUCUGCAGUUCUGCCGUAUCCGCAAUGGGUUACCCAGGAGUGGCGAGCCCAGGAAUACAGCAUGGGACAUCUUGAGUUGCUUCACCACUUGGAAUCACCUGGGCUUGGGCAUGAGGAGGCGAGCAUCCUGCCGUUACCCUCAUCGAUACGCAGAGUGAUGAUGCAAUGCGCUCUCGCCAACCCUUUUCUCAUGGAUCAAGUUCUUGCCCUAUCGGCGGCACACCUGAGCACCGUUCACCGGGGACAGCAACAAGCCUUCCUCAACAAAGCAACGGAACUCCAGACGCGAGCGUUGACACUGUUCAACAGGUCCGAAUCGGCCAUCUCUCAACAGAAUUCGUGCGCCUGGUUUCUGUAUUCUUCGCUUCUUGGCCUCCAGGUCAUGUUUGAGACUUAUCAAAGCAACGACCUCGACUCUUUCCUCGACCAACUUAGCACCUACAUUCCGGUUCAUCAAGGUGUGCACGCGGUAGUACAAAAGGCAUGGCCGACCGUAAAGGACAUAGUCAGGGGAAUCGUUGGGUAUAACGAUUUCUCGGGAUCCAGGGGGCUUGGUAAGCGGCAGCCUCAGGAGUGUGAUGAUCUUGUCUCUCUCAUUGAUGAAUGUGAUCUCGGAGAGUCUGAUAAAGACAUAUGUCUUGAGGCUAUUGAGAUUCUCCAGUGGAUUUUCGAGAUCUAUCGCAUCAGUCCACCGACCCAAGUGCACUUCACCGUCGCGUGGUCAAUGCUCGUGCCAGCCAGGGACACCAUGGGCGCGGUGGUUGGUAUGGCCCAGGCAGCAGCUUAA